AUGGCCACCUCUGACCAAGGUCGGCAUUUCCUGGCUGGCAAGACCAUCGUCGUAGCUGGUGCUGGCAUCGCCGGCCUUGCCUUUGCAAUAGCCCUCCGAAAACAAUGGAAGCACAGCCAAAAUCCACCCACCAUCAUCAUAUAUGAUGGCGACAGCCCCGACUCGGACGCGUGGAGACAAGGGCAAAACUACACCUUUUCGAUAUCAGGAUACAGCGAGGCCGGCGGGCUUGUCGCCCUCAAGAAGCUCGGCAUCGUUGACACUGUUUUCUCAAGUGCAGUUUCUGGGAUAGACGGCUCUGGGUCGUUCACUAUCUGGAGCCCAGACUGGGGGGAGCGUUUUCGUUCACAGCGGCCGCCGAUUGCAGGACUGCCUACACCCAGUAUUCGCAUCGUCCGGAAGGAACUCAGGCGUAUUCUAACAGACGAGUGGGCGUCCUUUGAAAACAGCAGCAUCCAUUGGGGCACGCAAUGCGUAAAUGUUGAAAAGGCUCCCAGUGGCAGACUCAAAGUAUACUUGAGGGAAAUCAGGGAAGGAGAAGAGGCUGAAGAAGCCCAUACCGAAUGUGAUGUAUUGAUCGCCGCGGAUGGGGCAAACAGCAAAAUACGAAAAGUGCUCCGUCCACAUGACGGCUUGGGGUACAUCGGCGCCGUUCUACGAGGAGGGCUGGCUACAUUCCCAGAGGGUGUUCCCAGCCCGGAAUACAGUCACUGGGCGGUCGGCAACCUAGAGACGGAACCAAUCAAGGAGCUCACGCGCGAACAAGGCAAAGAGGAGCGUCGUGCGGUAGUCGACCAGGCCGCCGCGCUGGGUCACAUCUUCCACGAGCCCUUCCCUACAAUGACGAGGCAAACCGACCCCGAGUCGGUCCUAUGUAUCAACGGCCGAGACAAGCAGCCCUUUCGGCACGACGAUGUUUCCGACAUGCCCGUGGUUUUCAUCGGCGACAGCAACCACGCUCUGAGUCCCUUUGCCGGCUUCGGCGCAAAUUUAGCCCUUUCUGAUGCAUGCGAUUUGGCGGAACAGCUGUGCCAGUCUCACGAAUCGCUGGCCAGGGCGGUGGAGGCGUAUGAUCAAAUCAGUGAGCCCCGUGCGAGGAGGAUAUGGACUGAGUCACGGAAAAAUCUGAGGGCGGGACAUAGCACUGGGGUUCGACAUUGGUGGUUCGCGUGUCUCUUGUGCGUCGGGAAUUGGGUGAGUUGGAUUCUCGGCAAGGUCCGUAGAUGA